AUGAAUGUGUUCAUAGCAUAUGAUCGAUCUGCAAUCAAGUUUCGAGGAACCGAUGCGGAUAUCAAUUUUGAUUUAAGUGAUUAUGAGGAAGAUCUGGCCCAGAUGAAGAAUCAGUCGAAAGAAAAAUUCAUUCAUAUAUUGCGUCGACAGAGUAACAGAUUCUCAUGUGGAACUUCAAAAUACCGAGGAAUAACCCUUCACAAAUGCGGUAGAUGGGAGGCUCGCAUGGGUCAGUUACUUGGGAAAAAGUAUGUUUACCUUGGAUUAUUCGACAAUGAAGUAGAAGCUGCAAGGGCUUAUGAUAAAGCUGCUGUUAAAUGUAACGGAAGAGAAGCUAUCACUAACUUUGAGCCGAGUACUUACGGUUACGGUGUAGAUAUGAAUUGGGGAGGAAAGAAUGAAGCAGGUAGUUUCAAUCUUGAUCUGAAUCUGGAUAUCAGUUUUACCUCUUGUGAAUCGCUUUAUGGUAAACGACCAAAGGUGUGUGCAAACCCCAUCUUUGUAUAACAUUCCCACCAUGAUUAUGUAGUAACAGUUCAUUGAGUUCUACAUGAUUUGUUUGUGAUGAUUAUGAACUAAUAGUGAAUUUGUGAUUAUAUAUAACGGCAGGAAACGACAGGAAUUGGGGUCUCGAACACAUCGUGGCAAAUGCAAACGGCGAUUGGUCAUAAUGUGGUUGUUGCCUCUAACGCAACAUCAUCAGGAUUCUACUCUUCUGUAAUCAAGUUCAGCGACCCAAUUCUGUUCAACAUAAACAUGCAUAACAAGGCUUCUUCCCAAUACUAAAUCAGUCAAACUAAUCAGUCAAAUAUAUGUUCAGUGGGGUAAUAUAGACCUAUAAUUUUAAUCUCUUUGAUAUGCUUAUAUAGAUGACUGCACAAACUAUAAUAUCACCGAAUUCAUUAUGUUUCACUAUUA